AGAAAAUCAACGUUAUCAACAACAACAUCAAUACCUGUACUUUCAUCGCAAUCAUCACAAUCAACCAAUGAGUUAAUUGUUGAUCCGAUGAAAAAAGUUUUUGCUGCAUUGAGAAUGCCAUCAGAUGGAAAUUUUGAUGUAGAGGAAUUAAAGUAA